AUCACCACAAGGUUGCUUGCCAACCGCCAUAAAAAUCACAAGAAGAAGAAGAAGAAGGAAACUUCCGUCGUGGGUGCAGCUGUUGACCGAAAGCAGCUAUGGGAAACGACGGAUGAAGCUUUUGAAAUACUGCUGGAGAAGCUAACGGCUGCUAGCAACUUGGAAACUACGAUCGAAGCUGAACAGCUACUGCCGAUACUAAAAGGCGGCACUACAUCAAAAAGCGACAUCAGUGUGUAAAGGAUAUCACCACAUGGGCUCAGAAAACCACUGUCGGUGACUACAUUUCGUCGCUACAUCUCUUUGCUUUGACAUCAAGGCAUUGUACCUCUUCUGCUGCUCCAGGACCCCCCCAACCAGUCGUCUUUUCAGAGGGCAUCCUGAGAAGUUUAUCCUGAUCGGCCGACAGGCUGCCUUCUGGAGGUUGGUUUGUCUCCAAGACACCCCCAGCAGGCUGUGCCCCACUUAUGUACAACCACUUUCUGCUGUGGACAUAAGUGUUGUUGGCUUGCAAACACCAUGUCUAAUCCCCCAUAUAACCAAUAUGGGAACCGAAGAAGACCGACAGGGGGAGACUUCCAACAGGUCUCUUCUGUACUGGGGACUGCAUCCAGUCUCGGCUCUCCUGCUGGUCCACCGCAGACUUCUGACAAGACUUUUCCAUUGCCAGUGCCCAACUAUCGGCCAAUGGAAAGAGCCAGUUUUAAUGAAGAUCUGCAGUGGUCCGUCGACACACAUGUUAGCAGAGCCAGAGAAGAGGUGAGGCUUCAAGGUAAAGCGAUACACCAGCCAUCAGCUCAAGACACUCGCAGGCAAGAGUUCAUCUCAGCAAUUGGAAGGACGAGCUCCUACCAAAGCCUCAGCAGAAGUUCUGGCAACGAAAGCAGCACCAGUGGCGGCUCCUUAAACUGUUUGUCCAGCUACAGCCGAGCCACGGCUGUCAACUCUAUUCUAGGUUUGGAUAUUGACAGGCCAAACAUGGCCCAAACUGGGGCCUCUUAUGAGCGCACAAAGCCUAAAUAUACAUUCGAGUCAGCAACCAACAUUCUUUUGCAGUUUGGACUUGAAAAGGACGACUUGGAACAUCUUGUCGCCUACUCCGAAGACCAAAUCACCCCCGCCAACUUACCGUUUAUCCUGCGCCAAAUCCGCAUUCAGAAGAACAAAAAGGCCUCGGAUGCAGAUCGGCCCAAAGCGAUCCCUGAACCUGUGCUCACUGGUGGCUCAGGCGGUCUGACCAGUUGGGGUGGUUCAGGAAUGAUUGGGAUGGACCACAGGGAUGCAGCAUCUCCUCUUCUCCAGUCGAGUAAAGUCAUUGACUACGGUCAUACACGCAAAUACACUUGCAGGAUUGGGGAGGAUGCUGCGAGCGUAGCUAAAGGAGCUGAGAAUGACACUUUGUUGAUGAAUCACAAUUUGGAUAGAGGCACUCGCACUCUAGAGCCGGCACAGCAGGUUGGAAAAAGUGCUUGCCAGGACCAGGCAAGUGCGGGAUCAUCUUUGAGCUCCAUACUGACUCAAAAAAGUAAUAUUGCAGUGAUAGCAGCACAGACCCAACCAAUGCAGACCCAAAAAUCCAUGUUCACUACUUUCUCUAAAGACACUGGCAUGCGAGAUAAUCCAUCUCUAGCCCCUAAAGCCAGGCCUUUUGUACAGGCGGCGGCUGACCUCAAGCCUACCUUAAAACCACAACCGCUAUCCACUCAGUUUCGUGAUGUCCAUCCUAGCAGACCUGUCCUCUCUUCAGAUACUGCCAGUUGCACCAGUGAGCAGCCUAAAAGUCAAGGUUUAGCUGGUGCAAAGCAGGUCAAAAACCUUGAAACCGAGCAGCAACAGCAGAAGAAGAAUUUGGAGAAAGCACAGCCAACAAAAAAAGACAAUAAGGAGCAACCAGUGCUCCAGAAGCAGCAGGUUCUCAAAGACCAGGCCAAGCAGAAAUUCACGCAGCUACCCUUUCUGUUAAGAAAGCAGAUGUGUACGCCAAUUUCCAUGGCAAAGUCGCCACAUCUUUCCAUGCCGCCUGCGUUAUACAAUCCCAGUUUCAGCAUGGCCACGCAGCCUGUGUUCCCCGCGGGUCAAAGCGCCGGCGGCAAACCUCACCCCCAGACUCCCUCAGCGCAGACUGUGGUCUCAAAAGGCGGACCGACGACAUCGAUGGUGCAAGACUAUAGUGCGGUAACGCCCAGUGUGUUUCCUCACACGUGUGUUCUGUGUUACAAAGAGUGCGCGCUCAUUAAGGAUUGGAUCGCUCACCAAAAUACAACCCUUCACCUUGAGAACUGCAAAGUCUUUCAAAAGCAGUUUCCAAAUUGGGAUGGAGAGUUGCUUAGUGAGUCUGAUGAAAAAGGGCCAAAGACGUCCACAUCACAGUCUCACCAUAAGAAAAGCCAGCGUAAAAGUCGCUCAUCUUCCUGUUCUCGCAGUCCUCGGCAUCGUCGCAGUUCGAACAACCAGGGAGACAAGAGGAGUGACUCCCGUUCGCCUUACAACUCCAGAUACAGUCGCAGGUCUCGUUCACGCUCGAGAAGCUAUGAGAGGCGCCACUCUCUGCCCAGAAGACAGGAACGGCACUCGUCUUCACCGAAGAAGAGCAGCAACAGACUGUCGUCUUCCCAUAGAAGCCGGGAUCGGUACUCAUCGCUUAGAAGCCGCGAGAGGAGGUCGUCGACGCCAACCCAGCGCAAUAAACGAUCGUCAUCCAAAAGAUACCAUGAGAGGCGAUCCCCAUCGCAGAGCCGGCGAAGCAAACGGUCGUCACCUAAAAUAGGUCGUGAGAGGCGAUCUUCAUCGCAUAGCCAGCGCAAUAAACGCUCAUCACCCAAAAGAAGCCGCAAGAGGCGAUCCUCAUCGCAGAGCCAGGGAAGCAACAGCUCGUCACCAUCAAGAAGUCGUGAGAGGCAAUCCUCGUCGCCCUAUAGAAGCCACGAGAGACGUUCUUCCCCCAGAAGGAGCCAUGAAGCUAACGCAGAGAGACUUGCCAAAAAACUUCUGGAAUCAUCAGCUGCCCAGUCUUUGUCAAAGCAAUCCGACAUGGAGGCUGUGGUUAAAACUCUUGCCCCAGCCUUGUUGGCUGAACUGGCCAAAAUGAAGUCACCCCUUUCCAAAGGAGGCACCUCCUCUUCAAAGUCCACUGCAGCCGCAAAGAAAUCUGCUGCCUGCUCCUCAGCAGCAGCCAACAUAAAGGGCGCAAAAGUGACAGCCAGCAAGCAAAAAGAUUCAUCUGCAAAGAAUAAGCCUGGUAAAACCUCUGCUCCAACUUUCGUGACGCUUGAAGGAAUUGUUCCGAAUCUUACUUAUGGUGACAUGGUGGCCACCGCUGAGCGGUACGGGAAAAUCAAAUCACUUGUUCUCAUUCGCGCCAAUUGUCAGGCAGUGGUUUGUUAUGAGAAAAGGGAAGAUGCAGAGAAAUUUCGGGACAUAAAAAACUUUGAACUGAAAGGAUUUCCAAUCACUGUAAUGAAAGAAAAGGGGACUCUCACUAAGAAGAAUCCUCAAAAAAAACCUGAUGCCUCAAACAGUGUCGCUACCACUACCACAUCUAAAUCUGCUAGCACCCCCUCUGCAAAACCUGCUGUACUUUCUGCAAAAAAGUUGGUUUCCAAAGCAAAGGAUGUCUCAUGCAAGCAGGUCACCAAGACGGUGAAAGGAGCUCAGAAGAAAAGUCCAGUAAAAAAAAAGGUAAAAACUACCUUCACUGUUAAGUCAGCUCAAGGGUCAAAGGUUAUUAGAGAAGCACCCAAAUGUGAAGCUCUAAAAAGUGUUGCAUCAGGAACUGCCCUUAAAGAAGAGGAGGAGCCAUCCAAAUGUAGAACUGCAGAAAAGCAACACAAUCUUAAGGUUUCGUCUGAGCUGAUUGCCACCAGAGAGCAAACCACACAACCAAAAGUGGUCGAUGCGGGACCAGCAAGCGUGACAGAACCUCAAAGACAACAGCCCACACAACCGGAAGCAGCCAAUGCUGGACCAGCAAGCGUGACAGAACCUCAAAGACACCAGCCCACACAACCGGAAGCAGCCAAUGCUGGACCAGCAAGUGUUACAGAACCUCCAAAAGAUCAGACCACACAACCGGAAGCAGCCAAUGCUGAACCAGCAAGUGUUACAAAACCUCUAAGAGAUCAGACCACACAACCGGAAGCAGCCAAUGUUGGAAUAGCAAGCGUGACCAAACCUCUAAAAGACCAUACUACCACGGCCGAGACCACAUCACCAGAAGUAGCUGAUGUUAGACCAACAAGAGUGAAAGAACCUCCAAAAGCGCUAACUACACAACCAGAAAUGGCCAAUGUUGCACCAGCAAGCAUGACAGAACCUCCAAGAGACCACACCGCCAAGGCAGAGGCCGAGACCACUCCACCAGAAGCAGCUGACAUUGGAACGGCAAACUUGGCAUGUUCGCCAGAGCAAGCAGUGGCUCCAAAAUCCGAGUUUCCAGAACCAAUGGUAGUGGACACUUUCACAAAGACCGAGCCACAACCUGACAAAAGUGUGAAAAACCAGCAAAGUACCGAGCCCCUAGUGGUAUCAGCAGUUCCACCGGCGGCCCCCAAAAGGGAUUUACAAAUUAAUCGGCAAGGUGAAGCUGAUGGGGACGCAAAGCUAACACAAGCAAGAGACAAAAAACAAGAACAGAAGCAACGAGCAACAGCAUCCAAGACUGCACCUAUGGCAGCAGUGGUGCAGGAUGCGAUAUCACACAGCGCUGAGGCUGCAGCCACACUCACCAUUGGAGAGAUGCUGGAACAACAUCUGCUUCAAAAAAGAAUCGUAUGCCUCAAAAAGAAAACCUGCUUUUCAGAAAGGUUUCUGUCACUCGACAAGAGGCAGUUGUUGAUCGCACGCCUGCCCAUAUAUGAUGGUUCCUACAGUGAGAAGGACAUCGCCCGGUUGUUGGAACCUUUUGGAUUUGAGUAUUCGGACAAGAAAAUCUACGUUAUUCCUCAAACGUGCAUGGCUUUUGUUCAGAUGGAGAGAGCAGAGGAUGUUCUGGCUGCUGUCAUCGCCAGCAGGAACAAAAGAUUUGCACUCGAAGGCUCUAGUAAUAAACUGCAACUGCAUGUGUUGGGUAAAAAUGUCUCCAUGUCGCCGGUUGGUUUUUACACAUCGCUGAUGGCCAUAAUGAAUUCUCCUGUGAGUGACUUUACGUCGAGAACCAUCUUCAUCAAGAACAUCUCUCCAAGUGAGACUAUCAGCCUCCGGGAAGAUUUAAGGAAGAUAGGCUUUGUCAAAAACUUCCUGCCUCUCCUUAACAAGCUAUUUGUUGAGUUUGAGUCUGAUUGUGAUGCUGAUCGCUUCGGAGUGUGGUACUCUUUGCUGAAUCGGUGUCCUGCCUACCAGGUCCACAGGCUGUGGUGUUCUAAAAUAAAAUGCCCUGCUCCACUAACAGUGCUUCCUGUAAAAGCCAGGCGAAACAGCAGUGUGGCGGUUGCCGCGGCAACUCUUCCCACAUUAAAGUUCAGUGUUCCGGAGGGAAGCUACUCUCCAUUCUUGCUGACCAUACCACAGAAACCCUACCUGUUCCCAACAACGUCUUCCUGGUUUAGUAUCCCAGAGUUUCUGACUAUCAAAGACGAAGCUGACAUUUACGAGGCCGAGCGUCGAGGUGUGACAGCUCCAACGAUCAUGUUGACAGGUUUUAAUUCAAACUAUAGUUACAAGCAUGUGGCCAAGCUGGUGUGGCCAUAUAUUUCCCAGAAGGACCUUCAGUCUAGGUACUACAACGUAAUCGUGCUGCCAACCCAGAGGAGGAGCUUUGUGCAUUUCAGUGAAUGGAGCGCCUGCUGCCGAUUUCUCAACAGUCACUUAAAAACGGAAGUGUCGGACCAAACCGAAAAACUCUCUGUGCACUUUGUCCUGUCACCCAUGUGUCCAGAAAGCAGCGAGGAGAACUUGUACAAAAGUCUGAUGCAGCUGUGCAAUGCUCGCGUGGGACAAGUGGAGACGUUGGCCGAGCGCCUGCUUUGUGUGAAUGUCUCCUGGAUCUGCGAGUACAUUGUUAAACUUGUAUUAGAUUUUGUCACAUCUCAUGCAGAUGUUGUCAACUUCUUGCCUCUGGAUAAUCGGAUAUGCAUCGAAAUGGCCGACGCUACAGGCGUUAAGUGUGUGGAGGAGAAAUCCAAUGAUUUGUCAACAAAAUUGCGGUGUGAAGUUGAAGGCAUUGAGAGUGUAAAUACCUUGAAAAGGCGUCUGAUGGAUCACAGUGUGAUUACAUUGUGCCCUGAGACGGACAGGAAGAAAGUCAGCUUCCAGGCUGCUGUGUGCUCCACGGUUACUGCUGCUCCAUCAGCUGCCCCUGAAAGAACAACAAAGGUGGCACAACAACAAAUUAAGGCUAAAGAUAACAUUGGGAAAACAGUGGCCCAGGAGGAAAAUAAAAUUACUGCAAAAGUGGAAGAUAGAGCACCGGGAGCCUCAGUGGGUCCUUAUGCUGCUCCCUGCCUUCUAAAAAGAAACAAUGCAGGGGUGGACUUUACUGAAGACCGCAUUCCUCCUUGGACACUGUUUUGUGAACCUUUCAAAAUGGAUGACUUUGUUACUGUGGAUGAAGUUGGGGAGGAAAAAGCCAAAACGAGUUCUACUGAGUUCUCCAACCUGACUUCCAAACAAACCAACACCAGAACCACAAGAAGCUCGUCCAAAUGCAGCCCAUCUUCUCACUCAAUGUCUCAAAAGUCAAAGAGCUCCUUUAAGGCUGAAGAGUUUAAGGCUGAAUCUCAGAGAUGUUUUCAGGCUUUGUCUUCUUCUACUUGUAAAAAAGAUAGAAUGAUAACUGUCGCAACCAAGGAAAACUUUCAAGUGUUGGACAGCGUGACCGAUGAAGAGAAACCUUCCUCAGAAGACCGGAGCCUCAAGGAGCUUAAUAUCUCUGGAGAUGGCGCUACUGAGGUCCAAGUAGCUCCAGAGCUGCAUCCCAUCAGCCAGUUUGAAAAUGACACAAAACAAAUUUGCAAGGAAGAGGAGACUUCUCCACAAGUUGACACACCCAGAAAUGUAGAUGAAGCAAACAAAUAUAUUUUCAUGUCUCCUCUAAAAGACAAAGGAGACAAACAGAAGACAAACAAGAAAGUUGAUAAAGAGGUGAUAGCAGAAUCCUGUCAAACAAACAAAAACGACAAUGACAAACACCCUCGAGAUACCUCGGGUAGCCUGCUCUGUAAAGAAGACCCUAUGACUUCACUAAAAGAAGAAGAAGCAGCAUACCAGGUGAUUGAUUCUGUGGAAGAGCAGCCAACUUCCACCAAGAAUAAGGCAGACAGUGAGCGUGGGGUGACUUCUUCAAGCAGAACAUCCAAAAGAGAAGAACAUGAGUCUUCAAAAACGCAUCAGGCUAUAGUAAAGGACCCCACCACCUUUGGGCCUCCUAAAGCUGAGCAGAAGUACCAGGUUGUUGAUAAUAUCCAAGUUCAACAGUCAAGCAGCAGAUUGACACCAGAUAGGAGGAGGAGGAGCACCCGAGGGAAGACCCAGGGUCCAACCAUAAAGGAUGAGGAGACCACUUUCCACAUCUUAGACUCUGUCGACACUGAGACAGUACAAGAAGAACCCGGCAUCACAACCAGAUCCAGCAGAGGAAAAAGAGGAAGGCCGCCAACGAAAGAUGCCCCGAGUGGGAACAGAGGUCAUGGAGAAAUGACAUCGAGGAAAAGGACGAGAACUUCACAGGAAACCACCAGAAAAGAAACACCAACCAAGAAAACUGAGCCUGUCCUCAAAGACAAACAGAAGAGUCCCCCAGCUACAAGAGGAAGGGGAAGACCUAAGAAAACAGUCGAAACCACUAAAAGUGAAGAUGACUGCUUAGACGCUGGUGAGGAAGAAGAAGCCACAUUCACGGUCCUGGACUGUGUGGAAGACGAGAUGCUCCAUGAUGAAGGUCCAGCCAAAGAUGAUGGUGGUGAUGAUGAUGAGAAAGAGGGUAAAGAUGAGGCUGUGGGAACAUCACAACAUACUAAGCGCACUCGACCACACCACAAGCCAAGACAUUUGUUUUCUUCCUCUUCAGAAGACAACACAACCUUGGUGGGAGAAGUUGUUGACAAAGCAUCCCUGCCCAACUGGAGAGGCACACUGAUCUCUGGUGAGCAUCAUCAGCAUGUCUCCUUAGAAAAGAAGGAACAAAAUGCUUGUGAUGAAGAGGAAGCAGCCACAUUCCAGGUCCGGGAUUCAGUGGAGGAAGAGCCCCUAUGUGAUCACAAUAGUCCUAAGAAGGAUAUGACUGACCACCAACAUGAGGAGGAAGAGUCAAAUAAGAUCAUGGAUUCUUCGAAUGAAGAUCCAUCUGAAAAAAAACCUUUAGACGGUGAUGAUAAGGAGGACAAAGAUAAGGCUGGAGAAACAUCCUGCCAUGCAAAACGCACUCGACAACACCACCAGACAAGACACCUUCUUUCUUCCUCUUUGAAAGACAACACAAACUUGGUGACGUUGGAUAAGGUGGGAGAGGUUGAUGACGAAGAAGCGUCCCCGCCCAAAUUGAGAGGCAGAGCCAAAAAAAGUAGACUGACUUCUGGUGAGCAUCAUCAUUAUGCUUCCUUAAAACAGAAGGAAGAAUGCACCGGCGAUGAAGAAGAAGCCACAUUCCAGGUCCUGGAUUCUGUAGAGGAAGAGACGCUCCAUGAUCACAAAAGUCCAAAGGAGGACAUGCUUGACAAUCGACAUGAGAAGGAAGGUGCGUAUCGAGUUGUAGAUUGUAUGAAUGAAGAUCCAUCCAAGAAACAGCCUUUAAAUGGUGAUGAUGAUGAGAAAAAGGCCAAAGAUAAAGCUGGGGAAACAUCACAACAUGCUAAACGCACUCGACAAAAACGCCAGUCAAGACCCCCUUUCUCUUCCUCUUCUGAAGAUGAUACAAGCUUGGUAAAAUUGGAUAAGGUGGGAGAGGUUGAUGAAGAAGCAUCCCUGCCCAACAAAAAAGGAAGAGCCAAAACGAGAAGCAGAAUGACUUCUGGUGAGCAUCAUCGUGAUGUGUCCUUAGAAAAGAAAGAACAAAAUGCUGGUGAUGAAGAAGUGGCCACAUUCCAGGUCCUGGAUUCUGUGGAGGAAGAGACGUUCCAUGAUCACAAUAGUCCAAAGUCCACUGACAACCCACUUGAGGAAGAGUACAACGUUAUGGAUUGUUUGAAUGAAGGUCCUGCUGAAGUACAACUUUUAGAUGGUGAUGAAAAGGAGAGUCAAUAUGAAGGUGUGGAAACAUCACAAUGUACUAAGCGCACUCGACAGGGACGCCAGAAAAAAAAAACAAGCUUAGUGACUCAGGACAAGGUGGGAAAGGUUGAACGGGUAGAGCCUGAUGAAGUAGCCAACUGGAGAGGCAGAGCCAAGAAAAGGAGCAGACUGACCUCUGGUGAGCAUCAUCAUGAUGCUUCCUUAGAAAAAGAACAAAAUGCUGGCGAUGAAGAAGAGGCCACAUUCCAGGUCCUUGAUUCUGUGGAGGAUGAGAGGCUUCAUGAUCACAAUAGUCCAAAGAAGGAUAUGAUUGACGACCAACUUGAGAAAGAAACGACAAAUAAUAUGGAUUCUUUGAAUGAAGGUCCAGCUGAAAGAGAGCCUUCAGGUGGUGAUGAAAAGGACAUUCAAGAUGAAGAUGUGGAAACAUCACAAUGUACUAAGCGCACUCGUCGAGGACGCCAGAAAAAACCCACAAGCUUAGUGACUCUGGACAAGGUGGGAGAGGUUGAACAGGCAGAGCCUGAAGAAAUGCCCAAAUGCAAAGGCAGAGCCAAAAAGAGAAGUAGACCGACCUCUGGUGAGCAUCAACAUGAUGCCUCCUCAGAAAAGAAAGAACAAAAUGCUGGCGAUAAAGAAGAGGCCACAUUCCAGGUCCUUGAUUCUGUAGAGGAUGAGAGGCUUCAUGAUCACAAUAGUCCAAAGAAGGAUAUGACUGAUGACCAACUUGAGAAGGAAAUUACAAAUAAUAUGGAUUCUUUGAAUGAAGGUCCAGCUGAAGUAGAGCCUUCAGGUGGUGAUGAAAAGGACAUUCAAGAUGAAGAUGUGGAAACAUCACAAUGUACUAAGCGCACUCGUCGAGGACGCCAGAAAAAACCCACAAGCUUAGUGACUCAGGACAAGGUGGGAGAGGUUGAACAGGCAGAGCCUGAAGAAGUGCCCAAAGGGAAAGGCAGAGCCAAAAAGAGAAGUAGACCGACCUCUGGUGAGCAUCAUCAUGAUGCCUCCUCAGAAAAGAAAGAACAAAAUGCUGUCAACGAAGAAGAGACCACAUUCCAGGUCCUUGAUUCUGUGGAGGACGAGACGCUUCAUGAUCACAAUAGUCCAAAGGAGGAUAUGACUGACAACCAACUUGAGGAGGUAGAGACAAGUAGUAUGGAUUCUUUGAAUGAAGGUCCAGCUGAAGUAGAGCCUUUAGAUGGUAAUGAGAAGGAGAUUCAAGAUGAUGUGGAAACAUCACAACCUACUAAGCACACUCGACAAGGACGCCAGAAAAGACACACAAGCUUAGUGACAAAGGACAAGGUAAGAGAGGUUGAACAGCUGGAGCCUGAAGAAGUGCCCCCGCAUAACUGGAGAGGUAGAGCCAAAAAAAACAGACAGACUUCUGGUGAGCAUCAUUAUGAUGUCUCUUUAGAAAAGCAGGAACAAGAUGCUGGUAAUGAAGAAGUGGCCACAUUCCAGGUCCUUGAUUCUGUAGAGGAAGAGACGGUCCAUGAUCACAAUAAUCCAAAGGAGGAGGACAUAAAUGACAGCCAACAUGAGGAGAAAGGCACAUAUCGAGUUGUAGAUUGUUUUAAUGCAAAAGUGUGUGUUAGCAUUAAGGAAGAACCUAGUGAGGACAUCAUCUCUGUCAGCACAUGUGAAAAAGUCAAACUGGAAACUGACGUGAAAGAGAAAGACAAGCCCAAACUAAUGCACCCUAACAAAGACAGCAGCGUUUGGAAGCUCGACCAAGUGAGCGAGGAAGAGGAUACUUUUUCUGACGACAUGGCCGAGGAGGAGGAGCUGAAGAGGCGAGCAAGGGUGCGAGAGCUGAGCCCAGAUGUAGUAGAGGAGAUGACCGUGGGAACAGAGGAAAGGAAGCCAAGUGAAGGAAGUAAGGAUAUAGAAGAGCUGCUCACUCUGGAUGACAUUUCUGACGGGGAGCUACAAACUCUGGUCACUCUGGAUGAGAUUGUAAUGGAGGAAGAAAAAAAGGUUCAACAAAAGACACACACUCCCCGCCAACAUAGCGAGGAAGAUCAAUCAGAGGACUGUCUGAACAAUCAGACUUUGCUGACUUUAGACGGAGCAGGCGGUGAAGAUGAUGAUGACGACGACAAAAACACAGAGGCCAACACGGCCUUUGUAACGCUGGAUCAGGUGGGACAGGUUGAAGAGGCACAGUCGGAAGACAUGACCCCGCCCAGCUGGAAGAGAUGCAGACAGAGUCCUGAGGAGAGCACAAACAGAGGGAUGGAAGCGGUCUUAAAAGACCAUCCAGCUACCUCCUCGCCAAGCGUCCACCAGGACAAAGAGAGGGAGGAGGACUUUAGACAGACUACAAUUGGGAGCAAAUGUGAGGCGGACAUUAUUGCUACAGAAACAAAGCGAGCACGUUCUCUGUCUCCAUAUGUUUCAACAAACUUUAAAUUGCCAGCGUUUAAACCCAACAACCCUCUCGGUACAGAGUUUGUGGUGCCCAAACAUGGUUAUUUCUGUGAACUUUGCUCCAUUUUCUACCUAAAAGAGAGCACAGCCAAAGAAAAGCACUGCAGCAGUGAGAAACACUACAACAACCUGAAGAAAUAUCAGCGUGAGCAGAAAUUGAGCGCAUCAACCCAAGGCUCCAUCUCUGACUGAGUUUCGAAAAAGGCCGCCAUUUUGGCGGCGUGCUCGUUUACUGUGAUUGAAAACUUGUUUGUCUUACCUAAUUUACACAGUAAAGUAUCACUUUACACUUACUUUAGCCAGAGAUUUGUCAAAUCAUUAAAAAUGUACUCAAACAGAAUAUGUCGUCAUGCUUUCUAGA